UUUCAUGCUUAAUGCUUUCAUCUGGGUCAGAAACAGUUGGUAGGGUUAUACAUGGAGAUGGUCAGCUUUAUAUAAGGAUCACUUAUGGUACCGAGAGAGAAUCCACUUGCCUUUGAUCAAUAAACUUACCUACUGUCGGAGUGUGUUCAACGAAGCCGCAAAAUGAAAGCCGUAGUAUGUUUAUUGAUGGGAGUUUUAGCAGUAGCCCUUGCUUUUCCACAAAAGGAAGGAGGAGCAUACACAAAUGAAGCCAUAAGACAGGCUCAAAACACUCAACUUAUCCCCAAGGAUGCUCAAAUCCAAAAGGUGGAAGAGGGAAUAGAAAUUGGUGCUUAUGAAGGAAUUCCCGGAAACCAAAGAGUAAACCUCUUCGAAAUUUUGGGCGAUCAAUUCCCCUCUGAAGUUGUCAACAAUCUCCAACAACAAAUCGAUCAAGUCGGCAAAAAUUAAUUAUUUAUUUUAUGUGCGUAGUUCGUGAUAUUAUUUCAUUUCUUGUUACUUUUUUCUUCUCUUGUUACUUCUUAUUAUUUUAGUUGUAGUUUUUGUUCUAUUCUUCCCUGACAUUCUUCCAUUUCGAAGUGCCAAUUUCAUUUCUCAUCCUUUUGUACAUAGAAAUUCCGAAUAAAUGUGAUUUUUUUUAAUAAAUUUUAUAUUGAA